CCAAUGAGUUCAGUUCGACACAGACAGCGCGCUGUUACACUCACGACCGUGCUCGCGCAUUAUAUCGACCGCCUUUAUCAAUCGCGAACUUCCACCGUCUCAAAUGUUUUAUUUAAUAACAGUUUAACAUACACAUUUGUUUGUACCGCACAAAAUAUAUAUAAAAUAUCUGUGAAUGCAGUAUUUACUGUGUCACUUAUGAACAAGCAAAAAUUAUAAAAGUUGACAUUUUCAAACGGAGCACAUCACCGUGUGUUCUGUGCCAGUGUUUUUUUUUUAAUAUUGAAUUCAAAAGUUAUUCGAAAUUAAUUGGGAAACAAAAAAAAAGAGUUAAGAGUAUAUAUAUAGUGGUGGUGUGUUAUGUUUUAUUUAUUUUGACUGGGAUUUUGGAAGUUAUUUAUAAAAUGGCGAACGCAUUAGCAGUUCUGCAGGGUCUUGGACAGAAAGUGCGCGGGAAAGAACACAACGAAUGCAGAAUACUGCAAAUUAAUAUGCCACCACCUACAUCUGUGGAUAUUGAAUUUAAAAAUAUAACAAUGACGGUCAGCGAAGGAUUGACUUCUAAAAAAACAAAGACGAUCCUUAAGCAAGUAUCCGGCGUGUUCAAGUCAGGUCAGCUAACGGCAAUAAUGGGUCCCUCGGGCGCUGGCAAGUCAUCGCUCAUGAACGCACUCACCGGCUUCUCGGUUCAAGGGGUAACCGGCACGAUACGAGCAGGCAACAGUGUAUGCGUUCUGGAGGAGAAGGCCAAGUCCAUGGACUCUCUGACUGCGUACAGGAAGAAAUCCUGCUACAUCCUACAGGAUGACAGACUCAACCCGCUCUUCACGGUGGCUGAACUCAUGAAAUUCGCCGCCGAUAUGAAGCUCGGUUAUACAUUAACUGAAAAACUUAAACAUGGUGUGGUAACAGAAAUAUUGGAUACAUUAGGAUUAUCGGGCACAGAGAAUACACGAUGCUGUAACUUGUCCGGGGGCCAGAGGAAAAGAUUAUCUAUAGCGGUAGAGUUGAUCGACAACCCUCCUGUAUUAUUUUUGGAUGAACCCACAACUGGUCUGGACAGCUUGACGUCAAAGCAAUGCGUGGAGCUGCUCAAAGCGCUGGCUCGCGACGGCCGGACCGUCGUCUGUACCAUUCACCAGCCUUCAGCCUCCCUCUACACAUUGUUCGAUCAUGUUUACGUGUUAGCGGAGGGCAUGUGUAUAUACCACGGCUCCAGCGAGGAUACGGUGCCGUACCUCGCCGCAGUCGGCCUGCAGUGCCCCAAGUACCACAACCCCGCUGAUUAUAUACUAGAAAUAGCAAACUUAGAAUACGGCAACUUCAACGAGCAACUGGCAGCAAGAUGCUCUCGUCCCGAUGACAACGUGAUACCAUCACCCCCGUCUCCAACGACCUCUGACGAGAUCAAGUUCUCGUGCGGCAAGAUGUCCACUAUCAUCCGACGUCCGCAUGAGAUCUACAAGUUCAGUAUACUGUUCAAACGGUGUCUCAUACAGCAGUAUCGAGAUUGGACGGUGACGCACCUGAAGGUGUUGUUACACAUCGUAAUCGGUGUUCUGAUCGGGCUGCUGUACGAGGAGACGGGUAGUAACGGCAAUAAGACCGUCAACAACCUCGGCUACUUCAUAGUCUCCUCUGCAUACCUCUGCUAUACUUCGCUCAUGCCCGCUGUACUUAGAUUUCCUCUGGAGUUGGCCGUGCUGAAGAAAGAAAACUUCAAUAACUGGUACAACCUCAAGACUUAUUACGCUGCCAUCCUUGUGACUGGUAUACCGUUACAGAUAUGGUUUAGCUUCGUGUAUUCAGCACCGUCGUAUUUCCUGUCAGGCCAACCGCUAGAGAUCUGGCGCUUCGGCAUGUUUGUCUUAGUGCUGGCCAACAUCACUCUGCUCGCGGAUGCGGUCGGAAACGUCAUUGGCACAUGUGUUAAUCCCGUUAACGGUACAUUUAUUGGCGCGAUAACGACGUGCGCAAUGAUAGUGUUCGCUGGCUUCCUGGUGCUGUUUGCGCACAUGACGCCGGCCAUGCGCCUCAUCUCAUACAUGUCAUUUCUGCGCUACGCAUUCGAGGGCCUCGUACUUUCUAUGUACUCGUACGGGCGAGCGCCCCUCGCCUGCCCAGAUGACGUCAUCUACUGUCAUUUAAGGUAUCCUAAUAAAGUUCUCGAAGAGUUCAGUAUGAACCCUGACAACUAUUGGAUUAACAUCGCUGUGCUACUCACAGAGAUCGUCGUCAUCAGGAUACUGGCUUACUUCACACUCAGACGGACUGUCAAAAAAUCCUCGUAGUAUUAGAUUGUAGUUGAGAUCAGUGAUUUAUUUAUUAAGUAUUUGUGUCACCGUUACAUUGUAAGAUAAUCUAUCUAACGAUAUACAUACAUACAGAAAACAGAUAGAAUGUUGAAUGGCUUACUUUCCAAUAGUUUGUAGUUGUAUAAGAAAACUAGAGCUACUAUUUACAAUAUUAUUUCCAUCAAACUC